AUGUCCAUGACUAAAUUCCACGCAGACAUUAGAGCAAUGUCAAUUGCCAUAAAACUAAGAAAUCGAGCACGGUUACAACUCAAAGAUCCAAAAGUGUAUAUGGAAAUAAACUUUCCUUCGACAAAUACGCCACCGACACCAUCCAUCGCCAUCAUCACAACCCUAAAAGAGAAAGAUUAUACGUCUCGGAUCCCACGUUUCGAUGGAAUCUUCAGAAAUCGGUCCCGCAACUGA